CGACAACUUGGCCCCCUCGUCAGGAGCAGCUCUUCCUGACCUUUCAUCCCCCUCUCUCAUAGCUUCCUUCAGCGCUUAACGGUCGUCCGCCAAGGAUCCUGCAGCCAUGGCCGAAUUCAUCGACCCGAGGAUGACCAAUAUCAAGCCUCGCAUCCGCUACAACACCAUCGGAGGUAUCAACGGUCCGCUGGUCUUCCUUGAUAACGUCAAAUUUCCCCGCUACAAUGAAAUCGUCUCUUUGACUCUGCCCGACGGGACAGAGCGGUCGGGUCAGGUCCUUGAAGCUAGAGGCAACAGAGCAGUUGUACAGGUUUUCGAGGGUACUUCGGGCAUCGAUGUUAAAAAGACCAAAGUCGAGUUCACCGGCCACAGCUUGAAGCUCGGUGUGUCCGAGGACAUGCUGGGUCGCGUCUUUGACGGAUCAGGUCGUGCUAUAGACAAGGGUCCCAAGGUCCUGGCGGAGGAUUAUCUGGAUAUCAACGGUCAACCUAUUAACCCCUACUCGCGAGUCUACCCCGAGGAAAUGAUCUCCACCGGUAUCUCCGCCAUCGAUACAAUGAACUCAAUUGCCAGAGGUCAGAAGAUUCCCAUCUUCUCUGCGGCCGGUCUUCCCCACAACGAGAUUGCCGCUCAGAUCUGUCGGCAGGCCGGUCUGGUCGGGAAGCCCACCAAGGACGUCCAUGAUGGGCAUGAGGAGAAUUUCUCGAUCGUUUUCGCUGCUAUGGGUGUGAACAUGGAAACAGCCCGUUUCUUCACCCGGGAUUUCGAGGAGAAUGGCAGUAUGGAGCGUGUCACUCUCUUCCUCAACUUGGCCAACGAUCCUACGAUUGAGCGUAUCAUUACUCCUCGUCUUGCCUUGACCACUGCCGAGUACUACGCUUACCAGCUCGAGAAGCACGUCCUGGUUAUCAUGACUGACCUGUCGGCCUACUGUGAUGCCCUUCGAGAGGUUUCCGCUGCCCGAGAAGAAGUUCCCGGUCGUCGUGGUUACCCCGGUUACAUGUACACUGACUUGUCGACGAUUUACGAGCGUGCCGGUCGUGUUGAAGGCCGUAAUGGAUCUAUCACUCAGAUUCCUAUCCUUACAAUGCCCAACGAUGAUAUCACCCACCCCAUUCCCGACUUGACAGGUUAUAUUACCGAGGGACAGAUCUUCGUCGAUCGUCAACUGUACAACAAGGGUGUCAACCCGCCGAUCAACGUCCUUCCUUCUCUAUCACGUCUCAUGAAGUCUGCCAUCGGUGAGGGUCGUACCCGUAAAGACCACUCCGACGUGUCCAACCAGCUGUAUGCCAAGUACGCUAUUGGACGAGAUGCCGCCGCCAUGAAAGCCGUCGUCGGUGAGGAAGCCCUUUCGUCAGAGGACAAGCUCUCCCUCGAGUUCCUGGAGAAGUUCGAGCGCACCUUCAUCAGCCAAGGGCCCUACGAGUCGCGGACCAUCUUCGAGUCCCUCGACAUCGCCUGGAACCUGCUCCGCAUCUACCCCAAGGAACUGCUGAACCGUAUCCCCAAGCGCACUCUGGACGAGUUCUACGCCCGCUCCGCACGCAAGCUGCCGGCCAAGGACACAAGAGACAACUCUGCGGAGAACGUGGGUGCUGCUCCUCUCAUCGAGACCUAAAUCUUUCAUAUAAGCGUGUGUUAUCGUUGUCCUUCUCGUUUGAGGUAUGCUCUCGAGGAGAGGUGUUUCUUUCUUUUCAAAUCUCGUCGUCUUCAGCUCGCGUCGUUAAGCUUUCGUUCUUAAGAGCUUGCAUAUAUCUCUUUUUUUCUGUUAUGUAGUUGUAUGUUCGCACAGUAUAAGUCAAUCUCUUGGAAAUAAGAUAUAUCCAGAUAGAUUAAACGUGUGGUUGGUCGGACUACUUAGUACGCGUGGCUGUCAAAACUUCAAUCAGCAUGCAAAAAUCUAUUUAUUUGAUCCAG